AUGGGUGGAAAAAAUAGUCUUGAAGCAUUAAAUGCUAUUUCUGAAGACGAAUGUGCAACAAUUAUAAGUGAAGAUUCUGAAGCAGAAAAAGAAAGAAUUGGAUAUUCAAGUCAAAUAGAAGAUAAGAAAGAUGACAUAAAUAUGAAUGAAAAUAAGGGCAAACGUGGUAGAUCUCACCCAUCUUUUGAAGGCGAUUAUAACGAUUUCGAUGAUGGUUCGGAAUUAAGUUCGGUGGGCUCAAAAGACGAUGAUAUGGAUAGUGAUAGUGAAUAUAAAGAGGAGGAGGAAGAUGAUGAUUCAGCAAGAGCUGGGCCAAGUAGAACUGCACAACCAAAAAGAAGAGGUCGCCCAGCAAAAAAACAACAACUUUCUAAAGAUAGUGAUGAUGAGGAUGAUUAUAAAUCUAUAGAAUAUGCCGUACCUAGAAAAAAUAGUGUAGUUGGUAAAACAGUUGGCAAACCUAGAGGAAGGAAACCAGGAAAACCGGGAAGGCCGGCUGCACAAAAAAGUAAACCUGGUAGAAAAAAAAAUCCGGUAAAACCCAUUAUCAAUGAAGAAGAUAAUAAUAAUGGUACACAACAAAAUAAGAGGAGAACUGGUGGUAGACGGAAAGAUAUCGAUGAAAAUGAUGUCUAUGCUAGAGACAGAGCAGGACAAACUAAUUUGCAUCGUGCUUGUCAAGUAGGAAAUUUAGAAAAAGUUGUAGAUUUAAUAAAUAGAGGCUCUGACAUAAAUGCUCAAGAUCAUGCAGGCUGGACAUCCCUUCAUGAAGCUGCCUUGGCUGGUUAUUUGGAGAUUGUUCAAUACCUUUUAGAACAGGGUGCGGAAGUAAAUGCUGCUUCAUUUGAAGAUGGUGACACACCUUUACAUGACGCAAGUGCUAAAGGUCAUGCAGAAGUUGUCUGGGCUUUAAUGCAAUAUGGUGCAGAUCCUGAAAAAACAAAUGUAAAAGAGGAAAAACCCGAAGAUCACGCAACGGAUGAUCGCGUAAUAGAUUAUUUGAGGACAUCUGUUGAAAUUGUCAGAACUCCUGUGUAUCAAACUAAUAAACAAGGACAAUUACAGGAUAAAAAGCCAAAGGAUGAAGGUAACAGUCGAAUUAGUGAUUCAAUAUUACCUAGAAAUCAAAGGAAGAGAUCGCAUUUUAUGAGGACCUUUCAACCUUCAAAAGAGCAAGAGACAAAAAAACAAUCGAGCGGGGGAAAACGUGGAAGGCCACGUAUCAGACGUGAUGAUAAUAGCAGUGAUAACUUAAGGUCUAAUAUUUAUCCGACAGGUACCAGAAGACGUUCAUUUAGAGACGGUAGAAAGUUAAAUGGUGAAACACAUAAUAACGGUGCAAGAGCGUUUACCUCGGCAAAUGAUGUUUUGAGAAUGGACCUCAGAUUUAAAGAUCCAUCAACCGGUCGAACGAACCUUCACUUGAACGCAAAGCGCGGUAAUAGUGAAAUGGUUGCAAACAUGAUCGAGGCUGGGGCUCUAAUUAAUGCUAAAGAUCAUAAUGGUCGGACCGCUUUGCAUGAGGCAGCUUAUGAAGGUCAUACUACUACUGUUGAAAUACUAAUAGCUUUAGGUGCGGAUGUUAAUAUCAAAGAUCACAAACAACAUACUCCACUUCAUGAUGCAUCUCAUAAAGGUCAUGGUGACGUUGUAAAUAUUCUAUUGACCAAUAAUGCUAAACCUGACGAUAAAAAUAUUGAUGGUAAAACUCCACUUGAUAUGGCUCGUAGAAGAAGAGAUAUUGUGGAAUUACUCUGUGAUUCCCUUGAAUUGGAUCCCGAUGAAUAUUCGGGCGAAGAAUCUUCCGAAGAGUCGUCAAUACCAAACACUAAAAAAAUAAAAGUGAAUCAUAUUAUAAAUACAGAUUUGGAACCAAUGGAACUAGUUAAUGUUCAGGAAAAUCCAAUUCUUAAAAUAUCCAACAAUGAUGUCGGUCCAUUUUAUACGGUACAACUAGUCACAGAUCGUCCAGGAUUUCCAAUAGCUGCAACCGCCGAACCUUCAAGUUCUCCUUUGUUCGUUGUCGAUUUCCAAGUGGAACUGUUUUUACAAUACCCAUUAUCCACUUUAUUGGAAAAACAUCCAAAUCUAGUUCAAAGAGAAGUUACCUCUAUAGAAAAGGAAAGAUUAUGGCCUUGUCUUCGUUCAAUUGUAUGGGUUCCACCGAAAUGUAAACGUCCUUCAGAACUUGGAGCAUUAGAAGCAGUACAGAGAGAGAGAUUCCUAAUACAUAAAAUGCAUUUUGUAAAGUUUGAUCAGAUUAUCGAGGUUGCUAAUCUUCCCCAAGAGGUUAUACCUCCGACAAUACCGUUGGAUAUAUCAGAUUACACAAACAAUGAGAUGGAAGACUCCGAUGAUUUAAAUUGUGACAUAGAUGAUAAGAAUAAUUGUAAUGCUAUGGAUAUUGACUUUGCAUCCAAAUUACCACUUACACCAACUUCACCAACCACACCCCAAUCCCAAUGGGCUGUUUCCAUGACGGAGACAAAUCCAAUACAGUCAAAGAUCAAGAAUAGUCAACUCAAGACUUCAUCUGGGAUAAUAAAAAGAAGUUACUUCAAUCCUUCGCUUAAAUUAGAAUUAAAAGUUGGAUCAAUAGAGAACUUGAAUAAAUAA